GCAGGCAGCUGCGAAAGCCGGAAAGAUGUCCUCGCCCUCGUCCAGCUCCUGCAGUGAGCGGCUCUAUUCAUAAAAACGGAACCUGGAACGGCACUCCCCGGGGCGAAGGUGGUAUCAGUACAUGUCGUGGGGCCAGAGAAGCUAGAUCCAGGUAUUGCAGGGAUGCAGCUGUUCUGCAAAUCUAUGGUGUAAACUGGUUCCCUACAUGCCAACCUGUUUUGAGCUAGAGCAGCCGCCCAGUCAGCCCAGCCGUUGCCUUGGAUAUGGCCACUAACUUUUCCUUCUCCAGGACUCGGCCUCGGGAAAGGUUGUGGGCAAGGCUAUGAGGACUGUCCCUUUUCUCCCAGGCUGACUCGGGAUAUCCCGGAGUCCCCGGAGAGGCUGCCACUCUGACGUCUGGGGAGACAGGCCCUAAGCCCCGGCUGGCUAUGAAGAGUGACUUCUCGACACCUGCAGCCCCCCUUAGGGGGCUCGGGGGGCCCCUGAGGAGCAGUGAGCCUGUGCGUGCCGCCCCAGCCCCGUCGGCAGCCGUGGUUCUGCUGGAGGAGGCGGCAGACCUCUUAGUUGUACACCUGGACUUCGGGGCGGCGCUGCAGACCUGUGAACGCGCCUUGCCGAGCUUGGCCAACCUUGAUGCGGGCACCUCCUUGGAGGUGAAGUGCUCCCUGUGUAUUGUGGGGAUCCAGGCCCUGGCAGAAAUGAAUCGGUGGCGGGAAGUCCUGUCCUGGGUUCUUCAGUAUUACCAGGUUCCUGAAAAGCUACCCCCCAAAGUCCUGGAGCUAUGUGUUCUUUUAUACAGCAAAAUGCAAGAGCCUGGAGCUGUGCUGGAAGUGGUCAGUGCCUGGCUGCAAGACCCAGACAAUCAGGACCUUCCAGAAUACAGAGCCUUGGCAGAACUUCACCUACAGCGGGUGCUGCUACCCCUGGGCUGCUUGUCAGAGGCUGAGGAGCUAGUGGUGGGCUCUGCAGGCUUCAGUGAGGAACAGCGGCUGGACGUACUCCGGGCCAUUAGUAAGGCAAGGCAACAGCAGAAACACCAACGCUUGGGCUCUGAGGAGGCCCAGAAGCUGAACCAGGAAGGCUCCUUCUCCCACAAGUUCCUGUCACUACUGAUGUUGCUCCGCCGGCUUUGGGAUUCUACAGUGAGCCACUUCUUUUCCCUGCCCUUCAAAAAGAGCCUCCUGGCUGCCUUGAUCCUCUGCCUCUUGGUGGUAAGGUUUGAUCCAGCUUCUCCUUCAUCCUUGCCCUUCCUCUGCAAGCUGUCUCAGCUCUUCCAUCGGAUUCAGGAAGCCAUAUUUUCUCUCUACCGGCUUCCUAUCCAUGACUGAGUGGUCUUUCUCAUUCACCUCAACCUUGCUAAUCCCCAAGUUUGCUCUGACAGAAGCAGAGUAACUCAUCCAUGGCGUCCUAUUUCCUAUUGCUGGCUGGGCCCCCAUAGGAGUGGGGCCAGCCCGAUUCUAGAAAGAGCUGAUCCAGUAUGGUGAACUGUGUUUUGCCACCUGAAUGUUUUCCACUUUGCACCCUACUUUGGCUGAUGUUGGUAGGAAAUGUGGAAAAAAGGGGGCCAGAGAGCUCAAGUCCUCCAGAAUAGUAUUCCCUUUUACCAGGGGCCCCUCAUAAAGGAGGGGUUUGGGAAAGGAGACUGUAUCCGUGAAAUAUUCCAUCUUCUUGGCCAAGGCAAGGGGUUGAUUUUUCAGGUCAGCAGGUUAAUGAAGCUGGAAGUUCAGAAAACUCUGAUGGAAUGACCCUUGGCCUUUUACUUUCUUGAAAAACUUACCUUUGAGAUUUGCUUCACAGGGCAGGUCCUUAAUUAGGCAGAGUGUGAGGAUCUGAGAGGGCCUUUUACUUCUCCUCUAUGCUCCUCUCCACAGAUCUGGUCUAAUUAUUCCUGUGGUUUUGCAAUGGGCUUGAAGCUGCAUGGGCCCACUCUUUUUAGACCAGGACAUGGCUUUCAGAACCACCCAGGUCACUAUUGAAAGCAAAGUAAGGCUGCUCUGCCCUUCUCACUGGGGAAAAUGAUCCUGCUCGGUGCCUCUUGGGCUUCAGCUCAAUUUUCCAGGUUGUCAGUGGCCAAGUCCUGCUCUAUUACACACUCAGCAUUCCUGUGCUCUCUUUCUUCCUGUCAGUUCCUUCCCCCUGCUCUGCAAUAGUAUUUUUGUACUUUGUCUGAUGGCUGUUUUACCAGGUUCUAUCUGUAUCUUUGGUUCCUCAGUACAUAUUGUUGCUGGUCCGCCAACCCCUUCUAUGUCCUGUUGUUCUAAUUAUAUUUUAUUGUUUGUAUAAUGUAGAAGUCUUUCUGCUUGUGUGGCCUUGAAAAGUAGGUUAGCCUUAGAGGCCGAUGAGCUGAAAAUGGAACUGGGUAAUCAGGUGAGCUGGAAGGGAUAUGUGGAGGGAGUUGUGCAGAGGGAAGACAUAGGUUUUGAAGGCAAUGAACGAUUUUAUUCAUUGUUAGGGGGAGGAGGCAUUGGAGCCAUAGCAUUUGAGUAUUUGAAAUGUUUCAGUGUUUUCUGUCACUGGCUGCUAGAAUCUUACAUGUGUCUGUGCAAGUAUAUGUACACAAUACUAUACUGUCAGAAUUAUGAAAGGCUUCCUGCAGGGGUUAGCCUUUCUGAGGUUGAAGGCCAAACAAACCAUUCCUUCCUGGGGCUCUGGGCAGUGUUGAUGCCGGAAUAUAGGAGAUACGUUUAGUAGUUUUCCAUAGGUUCCUCUUCAGGAGUUCCAAGUCAAUAACUUCUCUUUAGUAAAAUGGGUAGACUAAGUAAACCUCACAGGUCAUUGGGAGAUAAAUCCCUAGGGUGUGUCCAACUCUGUAGGAAACAAAUCUGUGCUUUUAUGUUUGGGCUUUUAAAUAGUUAAGACCCUUGGGGAGAGGAAAGGAGACAAGGUGAGAUCUCUGUUGGAAUUAUUUCUGAAAAUAAAAAUCCGGUCCCUUUCACUACCCUAGAUAAAACUCUUUAAUGGCUUCCCAUGGCUCACUUGGGAUUUCUUCUUAGAUUUAAAUCCCCUAAUGCACUAGUUUUGGUUAACACCUCCUCUUUCAUGUGGGGUCUCUGUUCCUUACUCACACUGCCCUCCAGCUGCUGAGCCAGUCACAGGUUUCUGAACAUUGCAUGCUUCCUCACACCUCGGCUCCUUCAGUUCCCUCUGGAAGGUCCAGCUCCCACUUUUUGGCCA